AUGUCUUCUCCCGUCGUCAAGCUCAACAGUGGUUAUGACAUGCCCCUCGUGGGCUUCGGUCUGUGGAAAGUCAACAAUGAGACCUGCGCAGACCAGGUCUAUGCAGCUAUCAAGGCUGGCUACCGUCUUUUCGACGGAGCUUGCGACUACGGAAAUGAAAAAGAAGUCGGCCAAGGUAUCGCCCGCGCUCUUAAGGACGGCCUCGUCAAGCGCGAAGAAUUAUUCAUUGUCUCCAAGCUGUGGAACACCUUCCACGACGGCGACAAAGUCGAGCCUAUUGCCCGCAAGCAACUCGAGGACCUGGGCAUCGAGUACUUUGAUCUUUACCUAAUCCACUUCCCCGUCGCUCUCAAAUGGGUUGACCCUGCUGAGCGCUACCCUCCCAGCUGGACCGGCGCAGACGGUAAAAUCACAUUCAGCAAUGCCACUAUCCAGGAGACAUGGCAGGCAAUGGAGUCGCUGGUCGACAAGAAACUCGCCCGCAGCAUCGGCGUUAGCAACUUCAGCGCUCAGCUCAUCAUGGACCUCCUGCGCCAUGCUCGCAUCCGUCCCGCCACACUCCAGAUUGAGCAUCACCCAUACCUCCAACAGCAGCAACUCGUCAAAUAUGUCCAGAACGAGGGAAUCACAAUCACCGCAUACUCCUCCUUCGGACCCUUGAGUUUCAUCGAAUUGGACAUGAAGAGAGCCCACAACACACCUACCUUGUUCGAGCACAACGUCAUCAAGUCUGCUGCUGAGAAGUAUGGAAAAUCCCCCGCUCAGAUCUUGCUUCGAUGGGCCACUCAGCGCAACAUUGCCGUUAUCCCCAAGAGCAACGACCCUGCUCGUCUCGCCCAGAAUUUGGAUGUUACCGGAUGGAAUCUGGAGGAGGCUGAGAUUGAGGCUAUUAAUGGCUUGGACUUGGGAUUGAGAUUCAACGAUCCUCUUAACUACGGUUUGUACAUUCCUAUUUUCGCAUAG